UGAGUGCAUUGUGGGUCUUUCCCAAGAUGGCGGCGCCCUUGUUGAAGUGCUGAAGAAGUGUCUCUGGAGAAAUAGUUGGAAUUGUUUGUUAAUUUCACGGCAACUAGCUUACAAAAUUUGUCUCGUCGACACACGUUUGUGUCAGAAGACCACACGACAAGCGUCAUUGACAGCUCGAGCCUGACAGCGCGUGGCGUGGUUGUGGCAGAGUGUCCGUGUGAAGAUGGGCCUCGUCUCGAGCCCCUUCCCAUAGCAAAGAGCAGCCGUGGGGAGAGAAACCGCAGAUUUCCCUGCAAACACAUACCGGUCGAACUUGGACCUGUCGGUUUCGACAUUGUUUACAAAUUGUGGACGCUACCGUACAAUUUUCUUUCAAGAAUUGUCUGUGCGACCGCGUCUAUAAUAGUCAGGAGACGGAGAGGUUUCCCACCCGGUAUCGAGGAGGAUUCUACGGCGCCAAGGGCCCUGAUGAAAAUGGACUCGGAACUGCUGCUCUCGCCGGCCGUGUGCCUGGCUGAGGAGGAGGAGGCGGACAUGAGCGACUGGAACCUGCCACUGGCCUUCAUGAAGAAACGCCACUCAGAGAAGAUCGAGGGCUCCAAGGCCCUGGCCCAGAGCUGGAGGAUGAAGGACAGGAUGAAGACUGUGAGUGUGGCCCUGGUGUUGUGUCUCAACGUGGGGGUGGACCCUCCUGACGUGGUCAAGACGUCACCCUGCGCCAGACUGGAGUGCUGGAUCGACCCUCUGUCCAUGAGUCCACAGAAAGCCCUGGAAACCAUCGGGGCCAACCUGCAGAAGCAGUAUGAGAACUGGCAACCCAGGGCACGUUACAAGCAGAGUCUGGACCCCACCGUAGACGAGGUGAAGAAGCUGUGCACGUCCCUGAGACGAAACGCCAAGGAGGAGCGUGUCCUCUUCCACUACAAUGGACACGGGGUCCCCCGACCCACCGUCAACGGAGAGAUCUGGGUCUUCAACAAGAACUACACCCAGUACAUCCCUCUGUCUGUGUACGACCUCCAGACGUGGAUGGGCAGCCCCUCCAUCUUCGUUUACGACUGCUCCAACGCAGGCAUCAUCGUCAAGUCUUUCAAACAGUUCGCCCUGCAGAGAGAGCAGGAGCUGGAGGUGGCAGCCAUUAACCCCAACCACCCCCUGGCCCAGAUGCCUCUCCCCCCCUCCAUGAAGAACUGUAUCCAGCUAGCCGCCUGCGAGGCCUCAGAGCUACUGCCCAUGAACCCUGACCUCCCCGCUGACCUCUUCACCUCCUGCCUCACCACGCCCAUCAAGAUCGCCCUGCGCUGGUUUUGCAUGCAGAAAAGUGCCAAGCUGGUACCAGGGGUGACGUUGGACCUCAUUGAGAAGAUACCUGGGAGACUGAAUGACAGACGCACCCUACUGGGAGAGCUCAACUGGAUCUUCACUGCCAUCACUGACACUAUCGCCUGGAACGUGCUGCCCAGAGAUCUGUUCCAGAAGCUCUUUCGUCAGGACCUGUUGGUGGCCAGUUUAUUCCGCAACUUCCUGUUGGCCGAGAGGAUAAUGAGGUCAUACAACUGCACCCCUGUCAGCAGUCCGCGCCUGCCACCUACAUACAUGCACGCCAUGUGGCAGGCAUGGGACCUGGCUGUGGACAUCUGUCUCUCUCAGCUGCCCACCAUCAUUGAGGAGGGCACUGCCUUCAGGCACAGUCCGUUCUUUGCAGAGCAGCUGACAGCGUUCCAGGUGUGGCUGACCAUGGGAGUGGAGAACAGGAACCCCCCCGAACAGCUCCCCAUCGUACUGCAGGUCCUCUUGAGUCAGGUUCACAGGCUGAGAGCGCUGGACCUGCUCGGCCGCUUCCUGGACCUGGGGCCCUGGGCCGUCAGUCUGGCCCUCUCAGUAGGGAUCUUCCCCUACGUGUUGAAGCUGCUACAGAGCUCUGCGCGGGAGCUCCGGCCCCUGCUGGUCUUCAUCUGGGCUAAAAUCCUGGCUGUGGACAGCUCGUGUCAGGCAGACCUGGUAAAGGACAACGGGCACAAGUACUUCCUGUCUGUCCUGGCCGACCCCUACAUGCCUGCUGAGCACCGCACCAUGGCUGUCUUCAUCCUGGCUGUGAUUGUCAACAGCUACACCACCGGCCAGGAGGCCUGUCUGCAGGGGAACUUGAUAGCCAUCUGCCUGGAGCAGCUCUCUGACCCUCACCCCCUGCUUCGUCAGUGGGUGGCCAUCUGCCUGGGACGCAUCUGGCAGAACUUUGACUCGGCCCGCUGGUGUGGUGUCAGGGACAGUGCCCACGAGAAGCUCUACAGCCUGCUGUCCGACCCCAUACCUGAGGUGCGCUGUGCGGCGGUGUUUGCCCUGGGGACGUUUGUGGGGAACUCAGCCGAGCGAACGGACCACUCUACGACCAUCGACCACAACGUGGCCAUGAUGCUGGCACAGCUCAUCAACGACGGCAGCCCAGUGGUCCGCAAGGAGCUGGUGGUGGCUCUGAGUCACCUGGUGGUUCAGUACGAGAGUAACUUCUGCACCGUGGCCCUGCAGUUCAUGGAGGAGGAGAAGAACUACCCUGUACCGUCACCUGCCAACACCUUAGAGCCCGGUAACCUGACUCCAGUGCGCGACAGCCCGGCCAUCCCUCGGCUGCGUUCAGUCAACUCCUACACCAACAUCAGAGCUGCCACCACCGCACGCAACCUCAACAAGAGCCUGCAGAACCUCAACCUCAACGAAGAGGGUGGUCCGGUGGCGUUCUCUCCAGGUAACCUGAGCACCAGCAGCAGUGCCAGCAGCACCCUGGGUAGCCCUGACAACGACGAGUACAUCCUCUCCUUUGAGACCAUAGACAAGAUGAGACGAGUCUCCUCCUACUCCUCCCUCAACUCCCUCAUAGGGGUGUCGUUCAACAGCGUUUACACUCAGAUCUGGAGGGUUCUCCUACACCUGGCGGCCGACCCGUUCCCAGAGGUGUCCGACCUGGCCAUGAAGGUCCUCAACAGCAUCGCCUACAAGGCCCUGUCUCUGUCUCUGUCUCCCCAGGCCACUAUGAACGCUCGGCCCCAGAGGAUCCUGGACUCUGGCUCUCUCACCCAGUCAGCCCCCGCCAGCCCCACCAGCAAGGGGGCACACAUCCACCAGGCAGGUGGUUCUCCCCCCAUGCCUAGUGCCAGCAGCUCCAGUCUGACCAACGAGGUGCCCAAACCCCCGACACGCGGAGGAGAACAGCCCCCCACGCGACCCCCCUACACCCCAACGCUGGGCGGACAGGCCCCCCACUCCCACCAGUUCCCCCGCACGCGCAAGAUGUUCGACAAGGGGCCCUCCGGCUCUGAGCAGGCCGGGGAUGAUGCAGAUGACCCAGGAGGUCACAAGGCCUACAUGAAUGCCAACCUGUCUACAGGGCUGUGUGACUGGAGCGCCAAGUACUUUGCUCAGCCUGUUAUGAAGAUUCCAGAGGAGCAUGAUGUGGAGAGCCAGGUGAGGAAAGAGAGGGAGUGGAGGUUCCUGAGGAACGCCCGCGUUAGAAAACAGAGCCAGCGCAUCACACAGAGAGGCGUGACGCGUCUGGAUGACCAAAUCUUCAUCAACCGUAACCCUGGCGUUCCCUCCGUGGUCAAGUUCCACCCCUUCAACCCCUGCAUCGCCGUGGCAGACAAAGACAGCAUCUGUUUCUGGGACUGGGAGAAGGCGGAGAGGUUGGACUAUUUCUACAACGGGAACCCUCGCUACACCCGCAUCACAGCUAUGGAGUACCUCAACGGACAUGACUACUCCCUGCUGCUCACUGCUACAGAUGACGGGGCGUUGCGUAUCUGGAAGAACUUUGCGGACCAGCGGAACCCCGAGAUGGUGACGGCGUGGCAGGGCCUGUCCGACAUGCUCCCCACCACCCGAGGUCAGCCCUCCUCCAGCGCCCACAGUCUGGCCAGGCGGGUCUCCAUCUACCUUGACAGGAGUAAGGGACAGGGAGGUGCAGGCAUGGUGGUGGACUGGGAGCAGGAGACGGGGCUGCUGAUGACGUCUGGAGACGUGAGGGUCAUCAGGAUCUGGGACACGGAGAGGGAGAUGAAGGUCCAGGACAUCCCAACGGGGGCAGACAGCUGUGUGACUAGUCUAUCAUGUGACUCACAGCGGUCCCUCAUCGCAGCGGGGCUGGGCGACGGCUCGGUCCGCCUCUAUGACAGGAGGAUGGGCGCCAACGAGUGUCGUGUGAUGACGUACCGGGAACACUCGUCCUGGGUGGUCAAGGCCCACCUGCAGAAGCAGACGGACGGCAAAAUCAUUAGUGUCAGUGUCGAUGGAGACGUGCGGUUCUUCGAGCUGCGGUCGCCGGACUCUGUGAACGUGCUGCAGACGGUGAAGGGGUUAACGGCGCUGGACAUCCAUCCGCAGGCCAACCUGUUCGCCUGUGGAUCGAUGAACCAGUUCAUAGCAGUGUACAACUCCAACGGUGACGUGAUCAGCAACAUCAAGUAUUAUGACGGUUUCAUGGGCCAAAGGAUCGGGGCUAUCAGCUGUUUGGCCUUCCAUCCCUACUGGCCCCACCUUGCGGUGGGCAGCAACGACUACUACAUGUCCAUCUACUCAGCGGAGAAGAGGCUCAGAUAACCCCCCCCCCCCCCCUCGAACUUUACCUUUGACCCCUGACCUCUCUCCCCUCUGAGCCAGGAUGUAAAUGACUUCUAAUGUACAUAUGCAAUUGUUACCACCCCUGAAUGUCCUAUAGUGAUGGCUGCUGACAAACUCGUGUUAUGAUGUUGACUUAUAUUAUUAUUCUUGAUCGUUUUAUUCAAAUUCUUUAUUAUGAAACUGUUGAUUGUAGACUUGGCAGUGCUGAGGAGCGUGUAUAUUUAAUUGCGUGUAUACAGAGAUGAAUAAUAGGUCUAUUUUAAAGGUUCCAGCCUUGGCUGGGGGAGACGGGCGGUGUCGCUACCUGAAUGAACUCGGAAUGACCUCUACAUUUACCUUUCUAUGACCUCUAUGCAUUGGGGUCAAGAGGUUAUCGAGAGAUGGACAAUUCCCUCUCUCACACACGACUCUGGACCUGAAGGCAUGGCUCACGGACACCCGCACGACCCUUAUUGAAGCCCCAAACACCAUGCCCUUCCCCCCUGCUGUAGCUAGUAGACUUGCUCUCACUGUUCGCUCACAAGAUGGUGGACUACGGGGCGCAUCUGGUGUGUGAGAAAGUGAAAUGUAAAACAGAGCACAGAUGAGGCCAAACUUGGCCCACAGCCUUGGACUCUAACCGAUACCCAUACAGAUGUCCACUACCAUGCUAUACUGUAGGGCUAACCAGACCUCCUUGCAUCCAUGCGCCCUCACCCAAUUGUGCUAAACUCACCAACCUUUGCCAUUCAUCUCCGUUGUCCUAUGCCCACAGGCUUACCCCAUGUCCUUAAUGCAAUGGGUGACUACUGCUCAGCUCUAAUCCCAAGACUGAUGCUACCUGUCUUCCCUACCUGCAAAGCAAUAAUGAAUUAGCUUGGAGCUCUCUACAGCCUCCAAGCUUCUGCUGCUCCAGCCCCCCCCCCCACACACACACUCAUCAGCUGAACCAUACCUGCCUGAGGAGCCCCAGCACUGGGAGACAUGGAGCAGUUUGCUGGGGUCCUAAAGUAUCAGUUCCAGAGUUCUGGCUGAGGCCCGCUUGGCCCAUGCCCAUCCCCAGUCUUUCCUACAGACCCCAGCCAGAAGCACUCUGAGGCUGGACAAGAAGAAACACAGUGCCCACUGCAUCCCCGGGGGUGGGGUUCUGCUGCUACUUUUCUGCAUCCUCGCACACAGGCUUAUGAGGACUGUAUGAACUGUGUAUGGACUGUCCCCAGAAUCACACACACCAGCCCUAGGCAGCCCUUUCCCCUGUGUGCCAACUACCAACCUCCACCCUGCUAUCCGCUAACACUUUUUAGAGAAAAGUCUGGCAAUUUUUUUCUAUCUUUGUUUUUUUUAUUUUGUUUAUAUAAUCUUGAUUUUAUUUGCUAGCCGUGUUUGGUUUCUUUAGCAGAAAGGGAGUUUCAAGAAUAUUGGGAUAGAAAAGUUGUGUUCGAAAAACAGGAGUGACUUCAGAACUUACUUUGUGUAAUACAGUGCACUGGUAAAUACACAGUAAUGCUCCAUAGCACUUCUUCAGUUCAGUGUCCUUGUUGUCAAAAGCCACAGCUCUCCUGUCAACCUCCAACGCUAGCUCAGGUACCUCAUGAGCCACGAUAUACCACAUAAUACCACGACGUCUCUGCAUGGCAGACUCACAGAGGUCUGACUGCCACAAGGUCUGGUGUUACUCUUGAUGUGACGAACUAAGAUGGUCAAAAUCAGUUCAGUGAGUCCUGAGGUGCCUUUUUUUUAACAAGGGUUACCCCUCUGGUCAACACUCGCUCCAAGUGCGGUAUCGCCAUUAAUGUGCCUCUAUUAGGGGUCACUUUUUUGGUUUGCUCUGUAUUACCUUCCUGUUUUUCUUUGAAAAAUAAUUUCUUUUUGCCCACUUUUGUAAUUUUAUAUUUUUUAAUUUGCUGGUGUUUGUUUGCCUUGGACCUCAGUGGGAUGGAGAGAUGGGAGAGGACUGUUUCUCCCCCUUUCACAGACACUCUUGCCCACACGGUGUCUCUCCUCAUACAGUACUCCCCCAUGGACGCUACCCUCACCUUUUUGCCUCUAAAGUCCUCAGCUUGGCUAUCACUCUAGAAAGGAAUGGACAAUAAUGCUUUGCCUGUGGACUGAACCGGUCACGGUAACCGGUAACACAUGCCAUGCAUUCAGUAUAAGCAGCUGCACUCACUGUCAUAACUAAGCCCCACUUUGCUCAGUAGCUCCCCCUCUAGGGUACGGAGGAGGUACUGCAGCCUUCACUGCUAUCACUGACACCUACAGCAAAACCCCACCACGCUGUCUGUCAGCCAUGCUCAGAAUCACAUCUCUAGUUAUCCUGCUUUGAGUUUUAACAUUUUAGAUAUGGAAACAAAAUAAACUUUGAAGAUGUAGAAGGAGAAAUGAAAGCAAUCAGGUGUUUCUCUAUGACGGUAGACUGCUUUGCUGACUGGUUUAUAAGACAGGAGAUGAAGUCAGUAAAAUAAACCAAAUACACAACAA